AUGGUUUCAACGCGCUUCGAAGUUAAUAGCACCCCGCCGGUGCGGUAUCCACGAUCUAUAUUUUUUAUCAUCAGCAAUGAGUUCAGCGAGCGGUUUAAUUAUUAUGGCAUGCGCACCGUGCUGGCGCUGUACCUCACGCAGAAGCUCUCUUACACCACGGAUACGGCCACCGUGAUUUACCACAUUUUCACCAGCCUGGCGUACUUCUUCCCAAUGAUGGGUGCAAUUUUGGCAGACAGCUGGCUGGGAAAGUUCAAGACAAUUCUCUACCUCUCGAUGGUUUACUGCGCCGGAAGUACUCUCAUCGCACUGGGUGCGAUCCCUCCCCUAAACCUGCCCGCCACGUCAAUGACUGUGCUGGGGUUAUUGUUCAUAGCGGUCGGAUCCGGAGGCAUAAAGCCCUGCGUGUCGGCGUUCGGAGGCGAUCAGUUUAAGCUCCCGGAACAAGCAGCUCAAUUGGCCAAGUUCUUCUCGCUGUUCUACUUCGCUAUUAACGCUGGUUCCCUCAUCUCUACCACGCUAACGCCGAUCCUGCGAGAGGACGUGCACUGUUUCGGCGACAGCAGUUGUUUCCCGCUAGCAUUCGGUGUCCCGGCAGUGCUGAUGAUCAUGUCGAUCGUGAUAUUCGUGUGCGGCAGGACACUGUACACGAUCAAGAAACCAUCCGGCAAUAUGAUCGUGCUUGUAUUUAAGUGCAUUGGUAACGCGCUGACCGUGCGAUCGAAGGAACGCUCUGCCAAUCCGCGGGAUCAUUGGCUAGACUAUGCGGAGUCGAAAUACGGCAAAGGCAUUGUGUCGGACAUCAAGUCACUGAUGAAGAUCCUGAUCCUGUACAUUCCGCUGCCCGUAUUUUGGGCGCUGUUCGACCAGCAGGGCUCUCGAUGGACAUUCCAGGCGACGCGCAUGAACGGUGAAGUUGGCGGUUUCACAAUCAAACCCGACCAGAUGCAGGUUAUCAACCCGUUGCUAAUUUUGGCCUUCAUUCCCAUAUUUGAGAGCUUCGUCUAUCCGGUACUGGCGAAGAUUGGUAUCCGACGGCCCCUGCAGAAACUGUCCUUUGGUGGAUUGCUCGCCGGAGCCGCCUUCGUGCUGUCCGGAUUUGUGGAGAUCGCACUUGAUCGUACAAAUGCAGUCCUACCGGCAGGCCAUGAAGCCCAACUGCGUGUCUUUAACGGGCUACCUUGCGACUAUCGUUUCCACACGGAUAUGCCUAACCUCACAAGUUUCAGUGUGCCUUCCCGAGGUGUCUUCGAAGCACUCCAUAUUGACGUGCCCAGUAACAGCACCACGUUCCAGUUCAGGGCGGAAACGGCCGAAAUCAGCUGCGUACGAGAUAAUAUGACCGAGUUCAGCGGCACCUUCUACUUAAAUCCGGGCAAUGCGGUCAGUUACUUCAUCAGCCGCAAGGGAGGCAAGAGCAGCUUCGUCGAAUUUGCCGACACGGCGGAAAAACAUCGCAAUGGGUUGCCCCGGAUGCGGCUGCUGGCCAACGUGCGGACGCCAAAGCACGUCUUGCUUCGACACAACUGGAACGCGGACCUAGUCUACAAUAUCUCGCUCAACCGCUACGAUCAAAUGACCGUUACGGAUGGAGAGUACGGAGUAUUUGUCGGCGAUCGGCAGAUUGCCAACGUAAAGCUGAGUCUCGGCGGAGUUUACACAUUGCUUCUGGAUGAGUUUUUGGAGAACGAAUUUAACCUUCAAACACACGUGAUUACUCCAUCGAACUCGGUUCACAUGCUGUGGUUGGUGCCCCAAUACGUCGUUAUAACCGCCGGCGAGGUGAUGUUCUCAAUCACUGGUCUAGAGUUUUCGUACUCGCAAGCUCCAGAAAGUAUGAAAUCGGUCAUACAAGCCUUCUGGCUGCUCACGGUAGCCAUCGGUAACAUGCUAGUGGUAUUCAUCGCCGAAGCCAAGUUCGUUCAGUCGCAAUCGCUGGAGUUUUUCCUUUUCGCCGCGCUGAUGUUCCUCGAUAUGGGUUUGUUCAUGAUAUUGGCCAUGCGCUAUCGGUACUCAAACAGCUCGUCCCUAGAUUCGAUUGAGGUUCAAACGAACCCGAAAAAAAUGAACGAUCCACUUGCGAUCAGCGACUCGUUAUCAGAGCGCAGUGCCAAAAGCACCACCUACGCCAACGAAGCAUUCCGGGAAGACUGAGCGGAAUCAGUUAGAUUCCGUUUGCAUGCGUUUCAAAUGGCUCUACAUUGUUUCCACGUUAUGUGGAACGUAUUAGCCGCGAUACAGUAUAAAAUAGUUCGUGUAAGAUUAAUUAUUUGU